UAUAUCCGGUCAGAAAGGGCCGUCUCUCUUGAGAAACCUUUUGUGUCUUGGAAAGAUCUGGAGGCUUCUCAGUUCAUCUUGAAUUCGGGCGAUACAUUUAAUAAUGGCAACGGGCGAAGGUCCGUGCCAACAGGUAAUUCUUUUGCUGAGGGACUAUUUCAUCAACGACCACAAAUUCGUCUUCACCACACCACAACGGCCUACGGAUGCUUCACGCCGCAAGAUGAUGUAUGUGUCAGAAACAAUACUGGUACUACCAACCCUUCAACAAAAGUUACUCUUGCAAAGAAGAAUAUGUUACCCGUUUCUGCGAGAGUGUCAGACUGGCUCGUCAAAAUCAUUCGAUUUGCAAAAUCCAUUCCAGAAUUUAUGAGUUUAUUACACAAUGACAAGUUGGCGUUGAUCUUGAAUUCUUGGGCCCGAUUGUUAUUACUCUAUAUGGCAGAAAACAACUUUCAGUUUGCGGUUACACCGGAUUCAACUGAGUCAAGUCCACCGGUACAGUGUCCAGAGUCAUCGACUCACCGCGAGAACCCUACGAUGAAGUCAGUGGAAUCGGUACAAAGCUUCAUCCGAAAAUGUCACAUGGGCACAGAUAGCAAAGAAUAUGCAUUUUUGAGAAUGGCAGUUUUAUUCAGUUCAGGUAUCCGCGGGUUAGACAGACCGGAUAUGGUGGAUCGUGUCAACUCUUCAGUUCAGCAACUCCUCCAGCAGCACGUGCAAGCCUCGCGACCACGUGACUAUAUGCAUUACUCUCGGUUGCUUAUGAGCUUGCCCGCACUGUAUGGGAUCAACUGCAAAAUGAUUGAAAACUUAUUCUGUCGACACAUCAAUGGGAACAUGGACAUGGACGUGUUACUGAAGGAAAUGCUCCAAAAUAUAUGAUAUGCUUAACUGGAGGUAAUUCUGACCAGUGUAUUUGCUAUUGCCAAGAACACGAACGGCUUUUCAGACCAGUAAUGGACACUCACGGACCAUUUAGUACCUGUGUACUUGUCGCAAAAUUCCAAAAGUGGCUGACAUUGCAGUAGCAGAAAAAAGCGUUGAAAUUUUAAUAUGUGUGUUUUUAUGUGGCAAUGAUAGUGCUUGCCCAGAAUGUCUGUGCUGUUUAUCUAUAUUUAUUGUAUGUACAUAAUUUACUAAGCUUAUCUCCAAACGGCAUAGUUGGUUAGUUUUCCAAUCAGAUUUGUAGGGUUGAAUCUAUCUUAAUUCUGAGAUUUUUGUAUGUUUCACCCAUAGUGGAAGCAGCUACAGAGGCUGUUUAUUCUUAUGUCUUUUAAGUUAAAAUUUAUUAUGAUUUUUUUUAAGUAUGGUUAUUUAUUGGUACGAUUUGAUUCAGACUAAGUUUGAACUAUGUUGAAUGUUAACUUAUUGUGGUGUGGUAUUUAUCUGUUGUGGUAGAAUUUGGAAGGGUUGUGUGAAGCUUACAUACCUAGAAAAAGAUCAUAGAUCAUCGACAACAUGCAAUGCUUCACCUUGCUGACUAUCAGCGCAUGGUAAAAUGUAACACUAUACAUGCAUCUUUCAGUGCAUAGUCGUUCCCUGUAAAAAAAAGUUACCUUUUCGAUUGAAAUGUGGGCUGGCGUUACCUGUGAUGCUGUAAUAUUGUCACGUAUCAGGAAUUAUGUUUAAAAUCUGAUUCGCAAAGAAAUUGGUGUUUACAAGCAACAAAAAGCCACUCCAUUUUCAUACUCCUAACAGCCCAUGCGUCGCUCUCUACCUUUCACUUUACCGCACUGCCACCAAUAGACUUGAUUGAUCUUUGGAGACUGUGAGACGUACGUAAGCUUGUUUAGGAUCGGCUUCAUCACUUGUCUCCUCCUGCGGAACUAUUUAAUCAGUAUUCAUCAAUAAAAAUUGUUUCAGGUUUUGGUUAGAAUCAUGUUGUACAAACUCUAGAUAAAGACAAUGCAUGUGAAUGAAGUAGUAUCACAGACAAAGGUUGAGACCGAAUUUGCUUGUGUUAUCUGACAUCGCUUCCUGCCUCAUCACGGUGACCCCAGUGACCUUGGCGUUGUUCAAAAUUUCUGUACAAACUUGCUGAUAGUUAGCAGUGAUGUAAAGCCAAAGGUAGAAAGUGACGCACGCGCUAUAAGGAGUAUGUUUCAUUGUCCGUUAAUACGAAUUAUGUCACUCGCUUGUAUUUAUUGUCAUUUUUACAGCAGUCUCUCAGUUUUCUCAUUGUACUAUUUGAAAGCAUUCCAUGUAGGAGGAAGCAUGUAUAGGUUUCCAUGCGUGCAUGGAUGGUAGAAAUUGCCCUAAUUAAGGUACAUUCCCACUCUUCCCCCGUCAGGCUGUAGUGCUGAUCAAUGGAAACUAUACAUUACUACAUGCAUCAUCCUCAUCUUCUCCAUCCCACAACUCUGUCUGCAAUAUGCUGGUGCUAUUUUAUGAAUAUUUCUUCUUGAGUUCUUCAACACGUUGUUGUCAACAUUAAUUGUCCAAAUUGCGUUUAAGGUAAUGCGGUGUGAUAUAUACCAUAUAAAAGUUUGACGUCGGUAAAUUUCGUGUUUUUGUAUACAUGCUCUAGAAAUACUAUUUUUCAGAGCUUUUUAUGUCUCCGUGAUAUGGCGGGUGAUGAUGCCUUAUUAUGUUCAGAAUACCAAUGCAAUAGCCAGCGGAUGUAGCAGUGUUCUAUGCUGGAUGCAAUCUCCUCCAUGUCCUCCCUCCUUACCCGAGCGUAAUUCAGAAUAAAUCAAUACUUGA